AUGGGUCAGACCUCGAGGGGUACAGGGCUCCUCCUCUGGUUUGUAGCCUCAUUGGCUCUUGCAGGAGCUUUAAGAGCAAAACGUGAAACACGUGGAACGGAGAGCCUUUUAACAGUUGAAUGGGAAGGAAUUCAAACUGGAGAUCAUGCAGAUUCAGAUGUUAAAGGUUUUCUCGUUGAAUAUCGAGCAGAAAAAGAAAAGCAUUGGAUGGUACACUCCAGUAUCAUACCAUACAAGGGACCAAAUCAUCAAUAUAGAGUUCAAAUUCCAAAGUUGCCAACAGGCAUGGCUUAUUUCGUUCGCAUCAAAGUGUUGGGCGAGAAUAACGAUGUCCUUGUUGAAACUCCCGAAAUACGAGCCCGUAAUGAAAUCGUCAGCAUCAAGUGUGAAAAUGACGAGCUUUCCGCUCCACGUAAUUUGGAAGUUACGCACUCUGGUCAGUAUUCCAUCGCCAUCAAGUGGGAUGCUCCAGAAUGCGGAUCUAUUGGAGAGUAUCAGGUUGAAAUAACUGGUUUGACAGCUCCAUUUGAUGUUCACCGUCAAAUGGUUACUCAACCUCAUUUAUCAGCAACCAAUCUCCUGCCAGGAACUAUCUAUACUGUUAGAAUUCGCGCGAACGAUCGUUCGAGACGUACAGGACCAUGGAGCAAUCAAGUACUGGAAGCUAAGACCAAGGGAGAACCUCUUCCAUUAUCUCCACAUGCCCAUGUCCUCUACAGAACCGAUUCUGAGCUUAGAGUUCAAUGGCAACCUGUUGAUGGCGAAACAAUCCAACACUACGAAGUAGUGGCUGUUGAAGAAGGAAAAGACUCACGAGGAGUUGAAAGAGCUCGCGUGUCUCCAAUUCAUAACAGUUAUUCUUUGAGUGGACUUCGACCAAACACCAAAUAUCUUAUUGGUGUUAUUGCCUUUGUUGAUCAUGAACCUCGCCGGGUUUACCGUCUUGAGACUUCUACUUCUUCCCAGGCUCCAGAAAAAUGGGAGGAUAAGCCUCAAGUUGUUGAUCAAGGUGGUAAAAACUAUGCCAUUCAUUGGAGAUCUCCUUCAACAUCUCGUCCAGUACAUAAGUUUGUUCUGGAGUACAGAUUACCCAAUGAAACCCACUGGAGAGCUGCUGAUGAGAAGCAUGCUAGUGAUGAGAUUGGUGAUUACAGCAUUUCCAUCUUCGGAAUUGAAGGAACUCCAUUCUACUCUGUCCGUCUUGCUUCUAUCGAUUCUCACAACAAAGUUAUCAGCCGAACUGAUGAAACAACUGUAGGAGAAGCUGCUGAGCACACUUGUGUCGGUGCAGCCGGAAUCCCUUCAGAUGUUCGCCCAGUCCUCGUUGACUCCACAAAGAUCAGAAUUGAAUGGAAUAAACCAGUUUGUGAUGAAUCAGUUGCUCCAAUUGACGGUUACGAAUACUUGUUCCAUGAAUCUUCUGAUCAACCAGCUCAUGACGGAGCUUCUUAUGUCGGUGGUAGUGGAGUGACAAUCAGUGAUUUAUCUCCAAACGCUAGAUACACUUUCCGCGUAAGAUCACGUUCCGGAAACGGACAUUCCGCUUGGAGUGCUCCUUUACAGGUUUCCACCCAUAUCGACGGAUUAGAAUAUAAAUUAACAGCAACUAAUACAAUUAAUAUAACCUCUAAACAACGACGUCAAACUAAAUACGAAAUAGCUGCCGGAUCCUCUCAACCAUUGAACUCCCAGUUCUCUAUCUCACAACCUCGUAUUGAGCAACAAGGAACACGAACUGUUGCCUACUGGACUGCUGAAGGAGAUGCUUCUAAAGUUUAUGGAUAUCAGCUUGAUAUCCGUACUGAUCAAGACAGAGAAUGGAAGGAGACUGGUGGAAUUCUCAGAAACGAACCAUCUCAAACCCAUUAUCGCCAUGCUCUUGGAGCACUUCCAGUUGUCUCUCAGUACUUCCUCAGAGUCAGAGCUGUUGAUAACUCCAUGACCACUAUUUCCUCUUCUACACCUACAUCAUUCUCAGUCAAGUGUCAAACUCCACUUUCUCCUGAUAAUGUUCGUCUCGACCGAGUUUCGGACAAUACUGUUCGAGUCUCUUGGAAUGCUCCACAAGAGGAUUCUGCAUGUCAGACUUACUUCUUCAUCACUGGUUCUCAAAAUGGACAACCAAUCAACCAACGAGUCCCUGGAAGUGAAAGAAGUGUUGAAGUUGAAGGACCAGCUCAAGGAGAUUGGAAGGUUGAGGUCAAGGCAAUCAACUCCGCCGGAUCCGGACCUUCUUCCAGACAAGCAGUUCUCUCUGUUGCUCAACAAUCUCAUAAACAUCGGAUUCGAGUUCAUAUCACUCGCUCCAAGAGAUCUGUUUGUGAUCCGCGCAUCGACUUUUGGUGUCGCGGUUCCAAUGAUGUCAACCGUCCUUAUUUGGACAUGGAACCAGGAGCUUUGGUCUCAACUCCCCGAGUAACUACUCGAGGAAACGAUCUUCACGUUGAAUGGAAGAGUGAAGGAGAUGGACGUGGAGUCUUCGGUUACCGCGUUCAAUUCAGAAAUGAAAACUCUGGAUGGAACCCAUAUGGGCAAAUCGUCCCAUAUGUCGGUGAUAACAUGGAUUACUCCCAAACUUUGAAUGGAUUGCAAUCUGGACAUACUUACUUCGUUCACAUCCAAGUCUUGGAUAGAAACUCUUACGUAAUGUACGUCAGUCCAGAAGCUUCUGCUAAAAGCAGUUGCACCGCUCCUUCUCAUCCACCAUCACACCUGAACGUUCAAGCCCCAGACCCAUCUCACAUCAAGGUCUCUUGGGUUCUUCCUCCACAGAGUACUUGGGGUUGUGCUGAUCUUCAAUUCGAAAUCCAAAUUGAUGAGCCUAGAGGCCACGCUCCUAUUUCGGUUAGCGGAGGUCAAACUUCCCAUAUUCUCAACAGCUUGCCAAACCAAAGCUGGUCUCUGAAAAUCCGUGCUAGAAACUCAGCUGGACACUCUCCAUGGACUCCAGCUGUCCAAGCUAGAACAUCUCCUGGAGGUGAACUAAUCAUUGGACCCAACGUCGCCUACAGACAAGGAAACCCAAUCAUCUCCUGGAAAUCUAAAGAGAAUGUUGAGGAUUUGAUUGAGAGCUUUGUUCUUGAAUGGAAGACCGUUAAUGAACAACAAUGGAGACAACACAGCAACCCUAUUCCAUUCAGUGGAUGGCAGAGACCAUACUCUAUUGAUUUAGGAGAACUGCCUAAGGGUCAACACUACCAAGUUAGAGUUGUCGCUAAGGACCCCAAUAGAGGAACAGCUUACACCUCUCCCGUUGUUACCAUCCAAACUCAGUCCACAUGCUCAAAGCCAAGAAGAGCUCCAUCUAAUCUUGAAGUUGCUCCAAUCGGUCCUACUCAAAUCCGUUUGACCUGGGCUCCUUUGCAUGAAACUGAAUGGAAUUGUGAUCGAUUAUGGUAUAUUGUCAAGUACAGUACUCCUCGUAACCAGGGUUUCAAAAAUCUGACCAACGGAGAAAACUCUGUAGUUUUUGAGUCUGAUCCUUACACCAAGUGGACUUUCGAAGUUCAAGCAGCCAAUCCUUCGGGAGAAACUGAAUGGUCUCGUACUCAGAGCGCUCAAACACAAGACUCUGCUCCUGGACCUGUAUCUGACUUACGUGUUCAACCUAUGGGAGGUGAUUCAUUGCAAGUCACUUGGAGACCACCUACUAACCCCAACGGGCACAUUACUUUGUACGAAGUUACUUAUCAAUUAUUAUCCCGUGGAAUGUGUGAAGAUGCUAAUGAAGCCCCAAGAACCAUCACUACUUUGGGACCUCACCAUGUUCUUUCCGGACUCCAUCCUCAUUCGAGAUACAGAGUCGGAGUUGCUGCUAAGUCGACACUCGUUGGAGAACGCGUGUCUCAAGAAAUCCAAACUGAUCAAGCUGCUCCUACUGCUGCUCCUAUCUACGUAAGAGUGGAAGAGCCAAGACAGACUGAUGCUACUAUCAGCUGGCAAAAUCCACCAUGCAUUCAAACUAAUGGUGAAAUUACUGAGUACGAAUACGAAGUAUCUGCAACCGAUCGUCGUUCCAACAUCCAGAAGGUUAAGAACAACGUUCGUGGUUCCCGAGCCCAAAUUACCAACCUCCAACCUUUCACUAACUAUAACGUGAAGGUCCGUGCAUACACAGCUCGUGGACCAGGACCCUGGUCAACUGAAACUCCAUUCAGAACAGCAUCUGCUGAAACUGUCCAGGCUCCUUCUUUCGUUCGUGUUGUUAACACUGGUGCUGAUAAUGCUCAUCUCGUAUGGCAAUCCCCUCAUCCAAACAAUGGAUAUGUUGAUAAGUACAAGUGCAAGUACGGAGUUGUCGGAUCACAAAAAUUCGAGGAACGACAAUUCCCUGCUGUUUCUCCUUGUCAACAACGUAUGAUUGAACGUCAACAGCUCCCAGCUUCUCCUCCAGGAACAAAACUUCAUUGUGGACGCAUAGACAACUUGCAACCUGAGAAGACUUAUGAUUUCCAAGUCGCUGCCCACGUCAAGGACGCUGGAUGGUCUACUUGGUCUGAGCCUGAGCGUACUUUAGUUACUGACUCUCCUGUUCACAUCUUAACAGUCGAUAAGGUUGGAGGAAGUGAAAACUCACUUCAUAUUGUAUGGACUGUUCGUCCCGACGAUAGAUCUCGUGUGACGUCCUUCAGACUCCACGUUCAACCUGUUGAUGGAUCAGCUCGUCCUCAAACAUUCAAUGUCGACAGAGCAACAUAUCAAUACAGAAUUGAGAACCUAAGACCACGUACUCAAUACAAUGUUACUGUACAAGCAGCAACAUCCAAAGAAAUGUGCGGAGGAACCACCACAACCAUGUGGACUGACGCUGCUCCUCUCACUGCUCUUGCUGUUGCCCCACGAAUUUUGGCUGAAGAAGCAACAUCUAUCACAAUUGAAUGGGAUAGCCGUAACCGUGAAGCCGGUGGAUUUAUUGUAGAAUACCGAUUGGAAGGACGUGCUUGGCAACAAUACCCACGCAGAGUUUCUGCUCAUCCAUCAGUUACCACUUACACUGCUACAGUUGAUAAUCUGCCAACCAACAGUGUUGUUGACUUGCGUGUUCGUGUUGUCAGUCAACAGAACGAGCAAUCUAACCCAUCUCCAGAAGUUCGUGGAAGAACAAAAUGUUCUCCACCACCAAGUCCUCCUCAAGGAGUUCGAGUUGACGCACCCUCAACUAACGAGGUUAGAGUUUCAUGGACCCGCCCAGCUAAAAACACAUGGAUGUGCGAUGAAAUGAACACAGAAAUCAGCUACAGAGUUGGAAACCAACCUGAAAAGACUCUUAAGGUUCCAGGAGAUCAAACCGAAUACACUUUCCCUGCUGAGCCAAAUCAAAGAUGGAUUAUCAAGCUUCGAGCUACCAACCAAGUUGGAAACAGCCCAUGGAGCCCUGAACAGACUAUUACAACUCGUCAAGGAGCACCAGGAUCAGUUAGAGAUCUCAGAGUUAAAGCUUUGUCACCUAAUGAGGUUCAUGUUCAAUGGUUGGCUCCACUUGUACAGAGAGGAACAAUUGUCGGUUAUGACAUCAGUUAUCGUCUCAAGCAUCGUUUGGCUUGUCCAGAGGAAGAACCCAGAGACGUUAGCAGAGAUUUCGUUACUGUUUAUAAUCACAAAGAUCUGGAUUACACUAUCACUGGAUUGUUACCAUACUCUUUGUAUGAAGUACGCGUCCGUGCUAGAACCACCGAACUAGGACCAGAGGAAUCUAAGGAAGUAUCUACAGAGCAACAACCACCAUCCUCCCCACCAUUGAACCUUGAACUUACCUAUGCUCUUGAAAGAUCAUUGAGCUUCCAAUGGGAACCCGUUGACUGUUCUCAACGCCACGGACAUAUUGUCAACUACGAAUAUGAAAUUCUAGGACAAGAUGAUUGGGCCAAGCUUGAACGCCAAAUAGCUAACACCUCAGAUACCAAGAUCACGAUUGAAGGUCUUACUCCUUACACCAAGUACAUCAUCCGAGUUAAAGCUUACAACUCUAUCGGAGGAGGUCCAAAUACAGAAAAUCUUGAUGCAAUGACCGCUAAGGCUAACGCUCCACUACCACCACAAGAUCUUGUAGUAGCUCAAGAAGGUACUGAUUUCUUCAUGGUUUCAUGGCUUCCACCAUACCCACCAUAUGGUCCUCAUGAUGCUUACAAAGUUCGUCAUCAACUUUUGGGUGCUGAUAAGAAUUGGCAUACUGUUGAAAAAGGAAUUCAUGAUGCCGCUCUCAAGUGUCCAGCUGAAUCUCCAAGAUUCUGCUUCAAUGCCACUGGUCUUGAAUCGGGUCAACAAUACCGUGUUCAAGUUUCAUGCCGAAUUGAAGGAGGAAACUAUGGACCAUGGUCUUCUAUUGUCAUCGCUAACACUUUACAAGUUUUACCCGAUGCACCAAGAGCCAUUCAUUUGAUUGAAAAAACCGAUCACUCUCUCCAUAUCAGAUGGAUUCCACCAGUUGAUCCAAAGGGACACGUUACUCAAUACAAAGUUUCUAUCGUCUCUCUUGAUGAUGUUAACGACCAGAGAAAGAGCUACACCGUUGAUCACCCAACUCUAACCCACAUAUUCGAUGGACUCAACCCUGAAACAUCCUACAACAUUUCCAUUUCCGCUGGAACCAAACAAGGAUUUGGAAGAGAAAUCUGGACUAGAUACUCUACUGAUCCAUUCGUUAUCCCUGUUGUCGGAACUGUUCCAACUGUUACACCAGAUGGAGCUUCUGCUUUGGACGUUCAAUGGCAAGGCGUAGUUGAUCCACAGAACCGUAUCAAGGGAUAUAUCAUCGAAAUCCGUAAUGCUGAUACCCCUGUCUGGCAAGAAAUUGGCGGUGUAAUCCCACACGAUGCUGUCAAACGUACAUAUUUGAAGAAACUCACCGGUUUAGACCCUGACACACUUUACUUCGUUAGAAUCAAGGUUGUCGACAACAAGCAACGUGUUGGAGUUCCAUCACCAGAAGCCCAAGGCCGUACUGGUUGCGCUGCUCCAACAGCUCCUCCAAGCAAUGUCAACUUGGCUUCUCCUUCUAAUGUUCAAGUCCGUGUAAGCUGGCAAUCACCAGUCAAGGCCUCUUGGCUUUGCUCCAACAUCAGAUACCGAUUGGAAUACAUCAACGGAACCAGUGGACGUAAACAAUUGGAAGUUCCUAGCUCUAGCAUUGAACAUCUUUUCGAUUCUCCAUCAAACACUAAAUGGACUGUUCGUAUCAGAACAGAAAACGAUGCUGGAUCUUCGGAAUGGAGCAAGGAGCUCGAACUUACAACAGCUGAAGGAGCUCCUAAUGCUGUUGAUGAUUUAACUGCAACUCCUCGUGGACCAACUAGCGUUGUCGUUUCUUGGAAACCACCAACUCAACCAAAUGGAGUAAUCACUGGAUACACACUUGUCUACAAUCUCCGAUCUAUUGGACAAUGUGGACCAAGAAGCUCAACACCAAUCGAGAAGCAUGUGAGAAGUGAAACUCAAACUUUGGAUGGGCUUCUCCCAGAUUCAACAUAUGACAUUCAUGUUAUCGCUCAUACUUCUCAUGCUGGUCCUCAAUCUAGCGUAGUUUCUGUUACAACUGAAGAAGCCGCUCCAAAUGGACCACCAACGAAUCUACGUGUUGGCUCGGUUACAUCUAACCGUGCUGAUGUGAUGUGGUCUCAACCUGAUUGUGAACAACGUAAUGGCAAGAUUACUGAUUACUACUACGAAUUGGAAAGUUUCGACUCAUGGGCCCAGAACACUUCUGAUCACCAUGUUCAAGAACGUUUGACUCUCAAUGAUCUUAUUCCAUACACAGAGUACCGCGUUAGAGUAAGAGCUAUUAACGCUGUUGGAGAUGGACCUUUCACUGAGUGGGUCACUUUCAACACCCAACCAGCUGCUCCACCAGCUCCAACCGAUCUUCAAGAGGAAGGCUCUUUCCCACACGCAAUUGAAAUCAGUUUCUUACCACCAAGCCCACCCCACGGAAAUGUCGAUUACUACCGCAUUCGUCAUACACCUUCGGGAGAAGCUAACUACAAGGAAGUCCGAGUUGAAGUUGAUAGACUUGAGUGCUCUGAUUCUAACAAGCGUGAUCGCUUAUGCUAUCGCGUUUCUGAAUUGGAUCCAGAACAAGAAUAUGAUAUUCAAGUUGCUGCUCAUACAGAAGGAGGAGCUUGGUCCGAAUGGUCAGAUACUCUCAACGCCAGAACUCAACAACAAAACAUUCCUGUAUUGGAGAGAGAACUAGAAGUUAUCGACACCAAGCCAAACUCCAUCACAUUGAAGUUCGAGGGACUACCUCAAGAUCAAGCCACUCAUGUUCUUGGAUAUGUUCUGGAAUACAAACCAGAAGACGAUGGUUCUGAAUGGCAAGAAUACAAUGGAAUGAUCAAGCACAGGAAGGGACUCACCGAUUAUAAGGUAGUUGUGAAGGAGCUGGAAACAGCUACUCUUUACUUCUUCCGUCUUCGUGUUGUCGGUAAGGGAGAUAAGAGAGGUGCUCCAGGACCAGAAACAAAAGCCAUGACUAGCUGCGGAAAACCAGAAGACCCACCAAGCAACAUCAAAUUGGAUAGCGUUGACUUCCAGACAAUGAAAAUUACAUGGCAGCCACCAUCAGAAGAUUCUUGGCGUUGUGAUGACGUUGAGUUUGUUAUUGAUUACGUCAAUACAACCUCUCGAGGACAGUGGACUGUUUCUGUUGAUGCUCCAAAUGAGCUUACUGUUCCAACUCUACCAGGAACAAAAUGGGAGAUCAAGAUGAGAACUCAGACUAAAGAAGACAAUGCUAAGCCUCAAACCAGUAAAUGGAGUGAUAAGGUUACUUUAACAACUCAGUCACUUCCUGGAGAGUUGUUCGUCAAUGUUGAACCUAAAGGACCUCGCGAAGCUGUAGUUACAUGGGAUCUUCCUGAUAAGGAUCAAAAAUGGAACUAUGGAGUGGACAUUACAUACCGUCUUAAACAACUCGGUGGAUGCUCUGAAACUGCUAGUGGAUCUCAUGAACCUAUUACUAAGCUCAAUGUACAAGAGAAGCAAAUUCCUCUCGAAGACCUUGCACCAGGAAGUUUGUAUGAAGUCAUUGUUACCCCACGUCGUCCACCUUCCCUCCACUCUUCUAUUGUUGCUCCCAAGACAGUUAGAACUUUCCGUACUGACAAUGAUGUCCCUGUUGGUCCACCAACAAACCUCCAAUCUACAACUCGUAAGGACACCGAGCUUGGCUUCAAAUGGGAUGCUCCAGACUGUAUCAACCAGAAUGGAAACAUUACUCAAUACGAGUUUGAGCUUGUUGGUCUUGACGAGUGGAAUGAGGGAGUUCGUGAGGGCGUCAGCUCUCGUUUGAACACAGUUGUUGACCAGCUCCAACCUGGAUCAUUAUACGGAAUGAGAGUGCGAGCUUACACUUCUGAAGGUCCAGGACCAUGGUCUGAUCAACUCAGUGUCCGAACAACUGGAUCAGAAUUAGGACCACCAAGAGAGCUCACCGCUGUUCAAACCAAAGCAACUCAAAUUCAAUUGACUUGGUUACCACCAUACCCAGAGAAGGCUGUUGUUACAGCAUACAGAAUCCGUUACAGUCCACGAGCUGAUGAUUCAAACCCAACGGAAGUUGAAAUUUCUGGUGAUGAAUUGACCUGUACUGGCUAUAAGAGUCCAAUUAUCACAUCUGCUAACUUAUGUGCCACCAUCAAGGGAUUGCAACCCUCUACAACUUAUCGAUUUGCUGUACAAGGUCAAUCAUCAUCUGGAACAUGGGGUGAAUGGUCAAGUGAUUACUUCUCUACUACUCGUAAAGAUGAUAACGAUCUUUUGGGUGGAAGUCUUCGACUUCUAUCAGCUGGCCAUGAUAACUUCAAAGUUAAAUGGACUCCACCAGCUGUUAUUGGAGAAAAAAUUGAUAAGUAUGAGCUUUUCAUCUCCGUGGCUUCUGUUCUCGACCAGAAUCCCAAGAAGUAUGAAACUCCAGGACGAGUAUAUGAAUACCAUUUCCGUGGAUUGGAACCUGUCACCCAAUACAACGUCACCGUUCACGGCUUGGAUGAGAAUAGCAAAUUGUGGUUCAUUUCAGCCGUUUUCGCAACAACAGAUUUCGCUGAAGGACUUCUCAAUUGGCUUCCAGCCCCAACUGAUCUUCACUUGAUCGAAAAGAGUGAUACUAUGCUUCAUGUUGACUGGGUCCCACCAGAGAUCUUCGAUCCAGAACAACGAGAGCUUAUUACUCACUACCGUGUUACUAUCGCUCCAUUUGACCAUCACACCGGAAUCACCGGAACACCAAAGAACUACACUGUCCCUGUUCCUGGAAACUCUAUCAAAUUCGAAGGACUCAAUCCUGAAACUGUUUACAACAUCACUGUUCAAGCCGGAACCAACUCUGGAUACGGCCACAUUCUUUGGGGAACCUACAGCACUUUGGCUCCAGGACAACGUCACAUUCUUCGUCUUCUCAACAGAACACCAACAACUCUGACUGUAGAAUGGGAACCUGUUUGGGGAAGAAGUCACAGUGGAUACACCCUCACUGCUCGUUCACUUCACUCCGUAUUCCCACAUGUAAGAAUUCAUCAAUUGAAAACUUUCGAUGUUGAUGCAUCCGAGACUGAGUAUGUCAUUCGUGGACUUCAUCCUUCUACUGUUUACAACGUGACGUUAACACCAAAAGAUCAUAAUGAGGUUGCUUGGGGAGCUUAUGCUACUCUGCCUCCUGGCUGGUUCAUGGUCAAGAACUUGAAACAAUGCGACCGUACAGACUUCGCUGUCUCCUUGAGCUGGGAACCUGUAGAGCUUAACAUGGCUUCAGACUAUCAAGUUCGAUACCUCCAUAUCAACGACAACUAUGCCAGCUGGAUGGAAGAGCCUUCUCGACCAGCUAAGGAACUUCUAUGUCCAAAGGAUGGAUGUGGACGAUUGUGCUAUUUGGUGUUCAACCUUCCAUCUAAGUCUUCUGAAUACGUUUACCAAGUUCGCGCUAAGGUAGAUGGAGAAUGGAAUCAUUGGAAGUCAGCACCAAAGAAGAUCAUCAGUACUGAACCACCAGAGGUCCGCCGAAGCUGUUGUAUCGUUCCUCCACCUUAUAUGGUUGAAAAUAUUGGAUCUCCCGGAACUUUCUGGGAAGUUGAUGUCAACCCUGCUGCCACCGAAAAGAACAUUACAAGAUACUAUGUUGUUGUUGAUGAGAGAGAUCCUCCUGGUGAUACUAACUGGACUGAACUGACAGAUAAGGUUACAGCCAACCGUUUGAAGAUUCCAUACUAUGUGGCAGCUUCAUUCAAUCUGGAGACAUUGCCUGAGCCAAGAAAAGUACGAUUGGGUGACGGACAAGUUAUUGGAGGAUAUUUGAAUUAUCCAUUGACUAAAGGAAAGAAGUACAACUAUGAAAUCUAUACCAUCUGGGAUGUGAACGGUGAUCCACUUGUUGGUCGCUUACGAGCUUCACCCUAUACCGCAGCCGGAUGGCCGUGGUGGUGGUUACUUCUACUCCUCCUUUUACUUCUUCUAUUAAUCCUCCUUACCUGUUGCCUCUUAUGGUGCAUCCAACGUCGUUAUCGUUCACGUAAAGAACAUCGACGACUUGUGACAAACGGCCAACAUGUGCCAUUACUUAAAGAUGACAAGGCAAUGGAAGCUAAUUUACGAUCAUUGGAGUCUCGAUUGGAUAAGAUGAGAGAUGGACGAGGCGAUUUCGAAGAUGGUUACAUGAAGGGAUAUCGGGAUGCCAAUAAGCUGGGAUCAGCAACAGCCGUCCGAAGACGUCUGGAUGAUGAUUUCGGAGAGCGUGAUGAUCGUUUCCGUGAAGGAUACACCAAGGGUCUUAAGGAUGCUGGUAUGACUGGAAUGACAACUUCCAUGCAUAACUUGGCUAACAAGGGAGCUACCGCCGGAGGUUAUUCCGCUGGUUUCAUGCAAGGAUACAAGGAUGGAGGCUCAGGAAUUUUCGGAGACCGCGUUACUCCAUCAUUAAUUUCUCGAUUAGAUGAACAAUAUCCAGGUCAAGAUGAUUUCAAGCAAGGAUAUGUUGAUGGAUUCAAGGAGGGAGCAUCUUCUCGUACAGGAGAAAAGAGGACGUUCGAAGAUUCACGUCGCUUACAACAAUCUCUAACUGAAUUAACUGAAAGAUUGACAUCACUUGAGAAGACCAAGGGAGAUGAGAUCCAUUCAACCAAGAUCUAUCACGUCUAUAACCAACAACCUGAAUUGGCUUUCUCAUCUACUGGACAACAGUUAGCUCAUGAAUUAGAACAGAUUGAGAAUACUUCAUCAAGACGUAGUACUCUUAGAAGACACUAUACGCCAGGAGAUUACUUGAAGUAUGAGUCCGAGGGAGAAGGAUAUAGCAGCCUGUCACGUAACCGACGUUCAUUAUCGGCUUCAGCUUUAGCUAGAGACUCAUCUGAACGACGAGAUGAACAACGCUCACGUCAUGCCAGUGGUAACCUUAAUGGAAGCUCAUACAUAACCAGAGCUGCUGCUGAUCGUCAAGGAACUGAUACAUACUCUAAGCGUUAUAACUAUCGCUCAAGAUCUGAUGUAGGCAGUCCAAGACGAUAUGCCAGUCAGACACUCUUGGAUGGAAGUCGUCCAGGACCAAGCACUCCACAUGCUCGUCGUGAUGCUCUGCAUACCUUACAAAAGGAGUUAGAUAACAUCAGUCGCUCUCCCGAUAGAGCAACUCCCAGAGGAUACUUAUCCGAUAACAACCAGUACGAUACUGUACGCAGUAAAGCUCGUGGACAAGGAUACUCUAACUAUGAUUACGACUCAUACUCAUCAUCCCGUCAGCAUGAAGUAAGGCAGACAUCAUCUGCAGUAACAGGUGGAAGUGGAGCAGCAACUCAAGCUGUUCGAUACCCACCAUCCUCAAAGGCUAAAGAAUCAGCUGGAGAUGAUUCUGGUCGAUGGGCAGAUGAUUUGAUUGAGAUUGUCUCAGAACCAAUGAACAAAACCUUAGAUCGUAUGAAGAAGUUUAGUAGCUCAACAGCUAAUGUUGGUAUGGAUUAA